AUGACAUUAGUAUACCUUCCUAGAAUUAAUGAAACUCCAUUGACCGUUAAUGGCGCCAACAUCCCUGCUAAUAAGGAGGCUCUGAUCGAACUUUGUCGCGUUCGAUCAAUAAAUAUCACUCAUGAAUCAGAUGUCGUGUUUGCAAGUUCAGAUCAAGUCUGUAUUGGCAAUGGGAUUCGUUUUGAGGUUUGGAUCGAUGGAAAAAAAGCUCUACAAGGGAUUUUCCGACGAGGUGCAAAAUGGGAGAUGGGCUGUGAUGAAGUCAACCUGCCGAAAUGGGCAGAGAUAAGCGUGGUGACAAAGCAAGGGCUUUUGAUGCGAGAGCUGAUGAAGCUAAAGAGAAAAAGAUUUCAUUCUUCGUUGUUGGUAAUAAAUGAGGAAGAUGAGAUUGAGCCAGAAACUAAGAAAAAUGAGAUGGGAGGAUUUGAUGGUUCCGAUCAAGUGAAGGAAAAGAGGAAGGAAGAUGGAGAUGGAACGGCGAGAAUAAAUAUUAGUUGGGCAUUAAAUGUGGGAGUUUGGGACAAGUUUUCCUCUUCAAUGCCCUCCUUCAUCCUCUUCGCCUUCGCCUCCUUCUUCUACCUCUGCUUCUUUGAUUUCAUUGGCUGCUCAACCUAUGUCUUCUCAGCCUCUUCUGAUACUGUUCUUGAGCUCUCUUCGGCCUGCGCAUACUCUGGAUCAUCAAACGCCAUCGUCUCAUGGCUUCCAAGCUAG